GAUUGACCAGGGAAACGGGAGAAUUAGUUAGGAAAACUCAGGGGAUUCUUCCAUCAGUUGAGAAAGUUGCAGGAGACUCUCUGUACAGGAUCAUACACUUAAUACAUUUAGACAUUUUAUUUCAUUAAUUCAAAGAAAAAGGCAAUUCAAUUUAGAUUCUUUGUUGUUGUUAAAAGAUUCCACAUUUGCAAUUUACCUGCGCGCGCUCCGCGGCUCCGGGGACGCAGUUGACUUGGAGAGAGAGAGUUAUACAGAGAGGAUAGAAUCUCUCCAAUAUUGCAUUAUUACUGAUUUACAGGCAAAGCAUAACUUGUAAAGUUGCAUCAUGCCAUUUUUCAUUUCAUUGUGUUUGUACCUUUGGCUGGGGUUGUUACCUGGCCGGACAAGUACAGCCGUGAAUGAAGACAUUGAAGUGUUGGUGAUGUUGCCCAAAAAUAACUCGUAUAUGUUCUCAAUAGCAAGAGUGGCACCGGUCAUCGAGUAUGCAAAGCAGGGGUUGAAAAUCAGCGGCGGUCUGUAUUCGGGACUUAAUUUCAAAGUGCGUUAUGAGGAUUCCGACUGUGGCAAUGAUGCACUCUUCUCCCUGGUGGACCGUUCCUGCGAGAAGAAACCGGACUUGGUGCUCGGUCCGGUGUGUGAAUACGCCGCGGCGCCGGUUGUAAGGAUGGCAUCUCACUGGAACAUCCCGGUAAUAUCGACAGGUGCUCUGGCCAGCGGUUUUAGAGACAAAGAGAAAGAAUACUCUCACCUGACCCGAAUCUCCCCGUCUUACCUAAAAAUGGCAGAGACUUUCUUGGCGAUGUUCCGUCAUUUCAACUGGAAAGACGCGUUGCUGAUCUUCGAUGACGACAAGAAGGAGAGGAAUUGCUACUUCACUAUGGAAGGGGUGCACCUCAAACUCAUGGAGGAAUAUCAGACUGUCACCUAUGCCAUCAACUCUAAAGACGAGCGCCUGAACACAGACGAAAUCAUCAAAUAUAUCUACGAGAGUGAAGUUGUUAUCAUGUGUGCGGGAGCUGACAUCGUCCGAGACAUCAUGCUAGCUGCUCAUCGACGGAGGCUCACUAAUGGCAGCUACAUCUUCUUCAACAUCGAACUCUUCAACUCCACAUCUUAUGGCAACGGCUCGUGGAAGCGAGGGGAUAAGCACGACAGUGAGGCGCGACAAGCGUACUCUGCCCUCAACACAGUCACGCUGCUCCGGACGGUCAAACCAGAGUUUGAGAACUUCUCUCUGGAGGUCAAGAGGUCCAUUCAGAAGGCUGGCCUACCGGACUGUGACGACUGUGACAACAUCAACAUGUUUAUGGAAGGGUUCCAUGAUGCAUUGCUGCUGUACGCCCUGGCGCUGCACGAAGCCAUCAGGAACGGCCUCACCAAGAAGGACGGAGCAGAGAUCACCUAUCGCAUGUGGAACAGAACAUUUGAAGGCAUCGCAGGCCAGGUGUCUAUGGACUUCAACGGGGACAGAUACGGAGACUUCUCUGUGAUGAGCAUGACCAACACCGAGGCCGGCACCUAUGAGACGGUGUGUAACUACUAUGGUGUGAAGGAGAGUUUCCAGAUGCUUCCGGGGUUCAAUCCUGACCACUUCACCCUGAGAGGACUACACAGAGUCUCCCACGCAGACCUGCCAGACAAAUCAUCAGGUGGACUAGGAGUAUCUGCUGUUACUGGGAUCAUAGUGGGAGCCCUGCUAGGGACAGCCCUGCUAAUGGCCUUCUACUUCAUCAGGAAGAACUACAGGAUAACCAUUGAGAGGCGCACGGCGAGGCAGGAAUGUGACAUUGGGAAGCACCGUCAGUUACGAGAGGAUUCUAUCAGAUCUAACUUCUCGGCAGCGUAGAGCGUCACCGCGGUUACCAUCCGUUGCUCCUGACGUUCCCGUUCCAGGGAAGCAAGAAGCAGCGUGGCGCGGAAGGAAGCACCAUGGGAAAUGUGACCAAAGACUCACGCUACACGGCUGUCAGAGGAGUCGUGCUAUUUAAAGAAAGACAUACUGUCAUUUAUACGUGUUUUAAAAUCUAUCUUUUUAACUUUUUUGACUUUCAUAAACUCAGGAAAGUUCCAAUCACACAACAGCACCACUUUCAUCUCUGUUGAAGUAUAUCUUUAGGUGUGUCUUCUCCCCUUAAGAGGGCCAGUACGGACAGCAUUAAUAUUAUAAUAAUAUGUUUUCACCUGUUUUAUAACAAACAGCGCAAGCGGUUUUGACCAUGUAAAAAGCAUUUGCACUCCAUACAGGGUUAAAGUAACACCAGAGAUAACAGGGAUCAAUAAGCCUGUGAACUUCAUUGGUACAUGUCAGAUCAGAGAUAACAGGGGUUGAUAAACAGGUCAGAUCAGAGAUAACAGGGGUUGAUAAACAGGUCAGAUCAGAGAUAACAGGGGUUGAUAAACAGGUCAGAUCAGAGAUAACAGGGGUUGAUAAACAGGUCAGAUCAGAGACAACAGGGGUUGAUAAACAGGUCAGAUCAGAGAUUACAGGUCAGAUCAGAGAUUACAGGUCAGAUCAGAGAUUACAGGUCAGAUCAGAGAUUACAGGUCAGAUCAGAGAUAACAGGGGUUGAUAAACAGGUCAGAUCAGAGAUAAACAGGUCAGAUCAGAGAUAACAGGGGUUGAUAAACAGGUCAGAUCAGAGAUAACAGGUCAGAUCAGAGAUAACAGGUCAGAUCAGAGAUAACAGGGGUUGAUAAACAGGUCAGAUCAGAGAUAACAGGGGUUGAUAAACAGGUCAGAUCAGAGAUAACAGGGGUUGAUAAACAGGUCAGAUCAGAGAUAAACAGGUCAGAUCAGAGAUAAACAGGUCAGAUCAGAGAUUACAGGUCAGAUCAGAGAUUACAGGUCAGAUCAGAGAUUACAGGUCAGAUCAGAGAUUACAGGUCAGAUCAGAGAUAACAGGGGUUGAUAAACAGGUCAGAUCAGAGAUAACAGGGGUUGAUAAACAGGUCAGAUCAGAGAUAACAGGGGUUGAUAAACAGGUCAGAUCAGAGAUAACAGGUCAGAUCAGAGAUAACAGGUCAGAUCAGAGAUAACGGGUUGAUAAACAGGUCAGAUCAGAGAUAACAGGGGUUGAUAAACAGGUCAGAUCAGAGAUAACAGGGGUUGAUAAACAGGUCAGAUCAGAGACAACAGGGGUUGAUAAACAGGUCAGAUCAGAGAUUACAGGUCAGAUCAGAGAUUACAGGUCAGAUCAGAGAUUACAGGUCAGAUCAGAGAUUACAGGUCAGAUCAGAGAUAACAGGGGUUGAUAAACAGGUCAGAUCAGAGAUAAACAGGUCAGAUCAGAGAUAACAAGGGUUGAUAAACAGGUCAGAUCAGAGAUAACAGGGGUUGAUAAACAGGUCAGAUCAGAGAUAACAGGUCAGAUCAGAGAUAACAGGGGUUGAUAAACAGGUCAGAUCAGAGAUAACAGGGGUUGAUAAACAGGUCAGAUCAGAGAUAACAGGGGUUGAUAAACAGGUCAGAUCAGAGAUAACAGGUCAGAUCAGAGUUAACAGGUCAGAUCAGAGAUAACAGGGGUUGAUAAACAGGUCAGCUCAGAGAUAACAGGGGUUGAUAAACAGGUCAGAUCAGAGAUAACAGGGGUUGAUAAACAGGUCAGAUCAGAGAUAACAGGGGUUGAUAAACAGGUCAGAUCAGAGAUAACAGGUCAGAUCAGAGAUAACAGGUCCGAUCAGAGAUAACAGGUCAGAUCAGAGAUAACAGGUCAGAUCAGAGAUUACAGGUCAGAUCAGAGACAACAGGUCAGAUCAGAGACAACAGGUCAGAUCAGAGAUAACAGGUCAGAUCAGAGAUAACAGGUCAGAUCAGAGAUAACAGGUCAGAUCAGAGAUAACAGGGGUUGAUAAACAGGUCAGAUCAGAGAUAAACAGGUCAGAUCAGAGAUUACAGGUCAGAUCAGAGAUUACAGGUCAGAUCAGAGAUUACAGGUCAGAUCAGAGAUUACAGGUCAGAUCAGAGAUAACAGGGGUUGAUAAACAGGUCAGAUCAGAGAUAAACAGGUCAGAUCAGAGAUAACAGGGGUUGAUAAACAGGUCAGAUCAGAGAUAACAGGUCAGAUCAGAGACAACAGGUCAGAUCAGAGACAACAGGUCAGAUCAGAGACAACAGGUCAGAUCAGAGACAACAGGGGUUGAUAAACAGGUCAGAUCAGAGAUAACAGGGGUUGAUAAACAGGUCAGAUCAGAGAUAACAGGGGUUGAUAAACAGGUCAGAUCAGAGACAACAGGGGUUGAUAAACAGGUCAGCUCAGAGAUAACAGGUCAGAUCAGAGAUAACAGGUCAGAUCAGAGAUAACAGGGGUUGAUAAACAGGUCAGAUCAGAGAUAACAGUCUUGUUUAAUAAUCUUACGGCUUGGGGUUAGAACCCGUUCAGGGUCCUGGUGGUUCCAGACUUGCUGUGCGGUACGCAGAGAGAACAGUCUACGGCAGUGCCCUCCAACCCUCUUCCUGGAGAGAUACCGUUUUCACAUCAAUCCUAAUCUAGCACACUGGAUUGUAAUUCAACUGGGGUUGGAGCAAACACCUGGGGGAGGAAAGCCCUGGUCAAUGGAAUGGUCCACACUAAAGGGACCCACCGGAAACUACUACAGGAGAUUUGAGUCUUUAAACUUCGGAUUACACCAUUUCGGUAUCAUUGCAGUGAUUUGAUUCUCAAUCAACCAAUCAAGUAAAUUAUAUAGUAUUACACUUUGCAAACUAAAAUUCUCUGGUAAAAACCUCUAUUCGACUUUGCUUAUUUUCGAAAGUAAGAAUUUUCUAGAGAUAUUUUUUUUAGAUUAAAUAUGGUAAUUCUGUAAUAUACUCUUCCCACAGUAUAAUAAUAAUGUAUAUUACAGUAUAUGAUGAUUCUGACACAACUAUAACAAAACAGACUGGUUUCUUCUGAGAUGAAUAGUAACAUAUAUUUCUCCUCUGCA